AUGCCGGCGAAAUUCAAGUGUCUUCACAGCACUGACACUGGGUCUGCGACACGCGAGCUCACUCUUGUCCAAUGCACUGCUCAGAGCGACAAAUCCUACGAGGUGGUCAGCAGCCUCAAGGGCGGACCAGACGACGCGAGCACCACCGGUCUUGACCCCUUUCCCAGUACUCGGUGGAAGCGAGCUGACGAGACCACUGUGACUUUGCUGACACCGAUUGAAGCCAGUUCGGCAGGCAGCGAGAAGAAGCUGAGCGCCAUGGAGGUCGAGGAGAUGUACGCAAGCAUACGCGAGUCAUGGGCCAAGGUCUUGACAACUGCUGCUGCCCAGCUCAAGGCUGGCGUCCGGGAUAAUCAAGCAGAGCAGGCUCACGCUCUCUCUGAGGGUCCGCAUGCGUACGCCUCGAGUAACUUCAUGGCCCUUGCGGCCCAGGCCCAGGAUAUCAUCCAAUCGUCCGAGCGCGACUGGAUGAGGGACAUCUUCGAGGGGCUGAAGGAACAUCCAGAAGUUCUUGACCACCACCCGGGGAUGCAAGUCAUUAUGACUGCGGCUCUGUGGUCGCGGGUUGUGCGUCGGACCGGGGAUGUACAGUUCGCUCUCAAGGCUACCGCUUCCAUCCUGCAGUCCGCCGAAGACUUCAUCGACCAUCCCGAUACCAGCUUCACCCGAGACCCUGCCCAGGUCGAGCUGCGCGCUAUGCUGUCGAUGCUACGCAAAACGGCGCUGGAGGUCGAAGAUGCGAUAUCGAGCCGCUGCCCCAAGGACAUCGAGGCGCUGCAUGACUUUCUGUACCCCAGCAACGUCAAGCCCCCGACCAUCGAUCAGAAGAGGGAGGUGUUGGAUGUUCUGCGCAGAGCUGAUAGCGUGCGCCACGCAUACAGUGAGGGUGUCCUGGAUGCCGCUCACCGGACCUUUCUCCGGAUUGCCAGAGGGGAGGUCCAUCAGGACUUUAUCGACAGCCUGAUCCAUGAGCAGACGGAUGAAUGCCUCCUCGCCGUGCUGGCGAGCUAUUCAGCGGAGUCAGUCGCGGAGUCAGCGAUUCAGCUCGGCUCGUCGUGA